AUGAGACGGAGCUGGAAGAUGGCUCUGUCCGGGGGGCUGCGGUGCUGCCGCCGCAUGCUGGCUUGGGUGCCCGUGCUCGUCAUCGUGCUCGUUGUGCUUUGGUCCUACUACGCCUAUGUCUUCGAGCUGUGCGUGGUGACUGUGGCCAACACUGUAGAAAAAGUCAUCUACCUCACAGUGUACCAUGCCCUUUUUGCGUUCUUCAUCUGGACCUACUGGAAAUCUAUCUUCACUCUCCCACAUCAGCCACACCAGAAGUUCUUCAUGUCCUACGGAGACAAGGAACGGUAUGAAAAUGAAGAAAGGCCUGAGGUUCAGAAGCAAAUGCUCCUUGACAUAGCCAAGAAGUUGCCGGUGUACACAAGGACUGGGAAUGGAGCUGUACGAUUCUGUGACCGGUGCCAUCUGAUCAAGCCUGAUCGCUGCCACCACUGCUCUGUCUGUUCCAUGUGUGUCUUGAAGAUGGACCAUCACUGUCCUUGGGUGAAUAACUGCAUUGGAUUUUCCAACUACAAAUUCUUCCUUCAGUUCUUGGCCUACUCAGUUCUCUACUGUCUCUACAUUGCCGCCACUGUCUUCCAGUAUUUCAUCAAAUAUUGGGUGGGUGACCUGCCCAAUACCCGCUCCAAGUUCCACGUCCUCUUCCUCCUCUUUGUGGCUUGCAUGUUUUUCGUCAGCCUGAUGAUUCUCUUUGGCUACCAUUGCUGGCUUCUGAGCAGAAACAAGACGACCUUGGAGGCCUUCUCUGCUCCAGUAUUUCUGAAUGGCCCGGACAAAAAUGGGUUCAACCUUGGCUUCAUCAAAAACUUCCAGCAAGUGUUUGGUGAGAACAAGAAGCUGUGGUUACUCCCCAUUGGGUCCAGCCCAGGUGAUGGACACUCCUUCCCAAUGAGGUCCAUGAACGAGUCCCAGAAUCCACUACUGGCCAAUGAAGAACACUGGGAGGACAACGAGGAAGAUGGUCGAGAUUUUCCGGAAAGCUCCUCAUCGCUUACCAUUGAAAUGGAGACCUAGCACUUUCCUGUCCCCUGCUCUGUCCACUAGGCCCCCAUCACCUCUCCUUUCUCUGAGGCUGGCCAAGUUCAAGGUCUGGAGAUGCCUAGUGUUCAAAAGAAGACACCACGGUGGAGUAUGAUUGGAUUGAGACCCUCAUGAUCCGGAACUAGCCCACCCCGUACCUGAUGUGCUGAUCUUUCAAGGCUCUCCAAGUCCUUCGCUCAUGGAGUGACUCUACUAGGCAGGUUAAUGGCUACCGAUCCAGGCCAAUCCGCCCUUGCCUCGUUCUCCGUUAUUCCCACUUCCCUGCCCCCCAUCAGUGAGGGCCUUGAUGCACCACUGGGCUUCUUUCCAUUUGCUCCGGCAUGCCCACUGG